GAUCUUAAAUACCGGCUACACUAGCUGUCGUUGUCUGACCACUCUUCACUUAUCGCGUCUGCGUAACAACGCGGACGCACAUCGCGGACGCGGACGCGUGCGUUCUGCGUCGUCGUGCACGAGACAUGGAGUGGAGAACAGUGGUGAUGAUAGUGCUGGUUGUGAGCCUCUGCUUCUUUAUCGUGCCGAUCAAAGUCGGGCCUGAUAAAACUGCCGAGGACGCGGAACUGUUCGCGAGCUACGUGGCCCGAUACAACAAGUCCUACAGGAACGAUCCCGUGGAAUAUGAGGAGCGAUUCCAGCGUUUUCAGAAGUCAUUGCAACAUAUCGAAAGGUUGAACGGUCUACGGUCGUCGCAAGAAACCGCGUACUAUGGGCUGACAGAAUUUUCCGAUUUAUCCGAGGAUGAAUUCAUACAACAAGCGCUAGUCCCCGAUUUACCUUUGCGGGGGAAAAAACAUAUGACAGCGUCGUAUCAUCAUCAGCACUUUACGGGCUCGAUUAGCCGAAGGAAAAGGAUGUCGGGUGUACCCUCCAAGUUCGACUGGCGGGACCGAGGGGUCGUAGGGCCGGUUAUCAGCCAAGAGAAUUGCGGUGCCUGCUGGGCGUUCAGCACCGUCGGGGUGGCCGAAUCGAUGUACGCCAUCAAAAACGGAACUUUGUAUUCCUUUAGCGUACAGGAAAUGAUCGACUGCAUGCCAGGCAGUUACGGAUGCCAGGGUGGCGACAUAUGCAGUCUACUCUCGUGGUUACAGACGUCAAAAACGAGAAUUAUAUCUGAGACCGAUUACCCUCUCACGUGGCGAACCGACACGUGUAGAUUGCCUAAAAUUUCCGCGAAGACGUCGGGAGUUAGGGUGACGGACUUCACGUGCGACAGCUUCGUAAACGGGGAGGCUGAACUUUUGACGCUGCUCGUUACUCACGGACCCGUGGCGGCUGGCGUGAACGCCAUAUCUUGGCAGAAUUAUUUAGGCGGCGUAAUACAGUAUCACUGCGACGGCUCGUUCAAGUACCUGAAUCACGCGGUGCAGAUAGUGGGAUACGACACGGGAGCGAGUAUACCGCAUUACAUCAUUAAAAAUUCGUGGGGCCCGUCCUUUGGCGACAAAGGUUACAUUUACAUUGCGAUCGGCAAAAAUUUAUGCGGUAUAGCCAAUCAGGUCUCCUCGCUCGAAGUCGUUUAGUCGAUCGCAGAAUGUAAAAUUGCAGCGUUUUCAAUGUCUGAACGAAAUAAAUCGAGAGGUGUUGUAAAAAAAUUGUGACUUAAUAAAAUACAUUAUUAAGUAUA